AUGAAUCAGCCUAAUUCGCACAACGUCGUCGAGUUUGAAGAAAUCCUCUCGUACAAAAGAUCUUUCACUAACAAAAACACAAAAUUGCUUAAUCGUACAAGGGAAAUAAGAGGUGCGUCGAGUCGGAGGCGAGCGAGACCCUCGAGUGGAACAGAUAUCAGAUUUUCGUAGAGAAUCCGUCGCCGAGGAGGUUGCCGCAAAUUUCCGAUGUCGUUGGAUCGUUGGCCGAUCGUUUGCACGGCUCGCCGACGAAAUCAGGAUGCCUGUUCCGUGAAACGCGCCAGGACGACGAAUCCUCCGCUCGGAAAUCCGAUAACCCGGAUUCCUUCAUUGAUUUGUCGCGAGUGAAAACGGAACGGGACGACGAUGCAGCGUUGCCCAACGAUUUCAAGACCGAAGGCACGGACGCGUUCAAGGACGACAGUUUGGAGGAGAAGAAAGAGAUUCUCGUUAACGGGGAUCGUCUGGUGGUGUCGUCGUCGUUGUCGUUGUCGUCCUCCACCUCUUCCUCCUCCUCCUCCUCCUCCUCCUCGUCGUCGUCGUCGUCGUCCUCGUCGUCGUCGAACAAAUGUAAAACCACGAACCGCAUCGUAGUGUCGAACGCGCGAAUUUCCAACAACAGCGUCACCGUGUCGGUGAUAUAUCCCGAGAACGACAGCCCGUACUUUCCUCUUUCGAACGGCGGCACAUUGUCUUCCAGGCGGACAGCGGACGUUUCGUCGAACGAAGUGGAACAGCAGCCGCAGAUGAGCAAGGGAAACUGGAUGAAUCCGUUGAAACAAGCUGGAGCGAGUGUUGGUGAAGAAAUGGUAACAGGAUUCAGUUACAACGACGUUGCGCCCCGUUCGAACGAGACGAACGCAAACAAGGGGUACAAUUGGCCGAGCUGUAACAGAAACGGGGAUUUAGAAGCGGGCGAUGGGAAGCAGAUGGGGAAAUCGGCAAGGGAAGAUGGUGAUCGGAUGAAGAGGGAAGGCGAGGAGAAGAACGCUGGUAGCAUGAAAGGGAGAAACUCUGAGCGAGGCCUAGGAUCUAGGGGCUACGUUUUCUUGGCGGACUAUCGUAGUCGACUGAAGCACAGGUUGCUUCUACAGCAGCUCGAGACGGAGGAGAAACGGCUGAAGGUAAAAAUCGCCGAGAUGGCGAUUCAGGAGGUGCAGCUGAGAAUCAAAGCUCUGAGCGAGGACAUGCGACGCACGGAGGAGCUGCAUCGUAUACGGCUGUCGCGGACCGCACAAACGUUCGACGAAUCCCUGAAAUGA